CUGCACCACUGUGUGACAGUGAAACUAAAUGUGAAAAAAAUUGCUGGAAUUAAAUUCGAAAAUGACAAGCAGUUCUUACUGAGAGUUUUCAGGGCAGCACAUCUGUUAGCAGCUGGUAUAGCAACACUCAUUAAUAGAAUGGAACGUCCAUUGGUGACGGUUGGAAUUGACGGCUCAGUCUACCGAUUUCAUCCAAAAUUUCCACAACUGCUCGACGACAAAAUAGCUGAACUCAUAGAUGAGAAUCUAAGGUAUAAACUGAUGUUGUCCGAAGAUGGUACUGGUAUUGGUGCAGCGGUCGUUGCAGCUGUGGCGACCCGAAUUUAG